AUGGUGUUCACUCCGGCGUUGCUGAAGCGACGUCGCGAUUUUACUUCACAAUCGUUUUCAAGAGUUCCGUUCGCGUCUGCUUCAUCGCGUGGAUCUGAUCUAACGGCAAUGAGAGGAGCUCAAGAGCUCUUGAUCUCACGUCUUUUCCAGUGUCAAAAAGGGACUGGAGUUCGUGUGGUGGGAUCAGUGAUUGAAAUGGAGGAGCCCGAACCAUUACGAAUCCUGGCUUGUACUUCCACCAACGAAAACAUCGUCAAGGAUGGAACAGAGAUGACAAUACGCGAUCUUGUGACCGCCAUAGUUGUGGUGAGCUGCACUAGCAUGGUUGAUCUCUGGUCAAGAAUCAGUCAUUUGUCGCCCGUAUCAUCUGCAAGAUAUCGUGGGUGUGAGCGUUUUGGGGACGAUAAGACGUCAGCGGGUGGACAAAAGCUGAGCUGUUGGAUGCAACUGGAUGACAGCACGUACAGAAGCCUCAUGAUAUCAGGAUGA